AUGUCAAAUCUUGCCUUGAGAAAAACGACUCCCACAGGAGAUGAUGUGAAGAGUGCCGCUCUGGGAACCAUGCUGAGGCAACGAGGUUUUCACGAAGUGAACCAAAGAAGGACUUUCUUACAGGAUAACAUCUGGAUUAAGAAACAUCCUGAAGAAGAAAAAGAUGAAUAUUACAGUAGGGUGGUGCUCAACCGGUGUAACUCUCAUGAUGCCUUGGACAGGAAAACAAAUGAGAGAGAUGAGCCAAAAGCCACAAUUAGUCGGUACAGAUCUGAUGACAGUUUAGACAGAAGCCUGUCCGCCUUUAGAUCACCAGAAUCAACAGAGUCGCAACCUGGUAAUUUGUUCAGCACAAACGCCACCAACACCACGGCUUCUGCCUCUGCUACUACUCCUGUAAAGAAAAAGAGGCAGUCCUGGUUUCCACCACCCCCUCCAGGUUAUAAUGCCACUGCAAGCCCAGGAGCAAGCAGAAGGAAACCAGGUGUUCACCCUCCAAUCCCUCCAAAGCCCAGUUCUCCAGUUUCUACUCCUAACCUGCUGAGACAGGAUAAUAGGCAAAUAUGUCCACCUAAACCAGGUGUAUGCACCGAAACCAACAGAUCUGCUGCAAGAAAUACAAGUGAAGAAUUGGAUAAUCUCAUCAAAAUGAACAAAAGCUUGAAUAGAGCCAGAAGCCUUGAAAACCUCAUCUAUGUGAACCCCCAGACGGAUAAAGGUGGCAAAGGCUCCAAAGACCUUGAUAAUGUAAUCAAAGUGAACCCAAGAACAGGAAAAAGCAUCCAAGGGAACCAAGACUUGGACAAUCUCAUCAAAGUGAACCCCUUAGCAAACAAAAGGAACCAAGAUCUUGAUAAGCUCAUCAAAGUGAAUCCUGAAACUGUAAGGAGCAACCAAAGAAACCAAGACCUCGAUAGCCUCAUCAAAGUGAACCCUGCAGUAAUCAGAAGUGAUCAGAGCCAAGACUUGGAAAAAUUUAUUAAAGUGAAGCCUUCAGCUCUCAGAAACACUAAGCGAGACCAGGACCUGGAAAAUUUAACUGAAGUAAAUUCCAAUGUGUCUGAAAAUAAGAAUGGAAGGCUAAAUGGGCAAGUCCAUGGUUCCAUCAAUGCACUGAACAGCCAGUCUACUGGAACCACUGCCUAUUCUUAUGAAACCAGGAACAAUCUCAGGUCUGUCAUUGAAAGAGAUAUGUGCACUUACUGCCGAAAACCCUUGGGCAUAGAAGCUAAAAUGAUCUUAGAAGAAUUACAAAUUUGCUGCCACUCCACCUGCUUUAAGGUAGCAAACCAGCUGGCGCGAGAUGAACUCCUCUGGGGCAGCGACCUGUAA